AUUCCUCCUCCAUCUCCUCCGAUCUCUCUUCCCCUUUCAUUUUUCCAGUUCAUCCCCUUCCCCAUUUCAUAAGUUUUAUAUAAGUAAAUUCUGGUACCCUAAAGAGAAGAAAGAAAGGCACACAAAGACAUUCUCCUUGAAGAAGCAUAUGGGUUUGGAGAAACUCUCAAAAGGCAAAAGAUCGUCUUCUCCAAAACGUCGCCUUAUAUAUAUCUCCUUGUUUCCAUAUUUCAGGAGACAUAGAAAAAAUAAAAAUAAAAUAAAAAAGUCAAACAGAAACAUGGAAAUUCUUAGCUCUGAUAUACGUUGAUUUCUGCAAUGGCGAGACCUAAUCAAGAAGCAAUCGACACUUUUAGUAACACAACCGGCAUACCUGAAGCUGAUAACAAAAGAAACCAAAAUAGAAUCAAAAUCAUCAAGAUUAGACAAGAGUGUUUCCCUACCUUGAGGCUUCCAAAUCGAGUUGCCGAUAUCAUUGAUGGCCUGCCUAAUGAUUUGAGCUUCUCCUACGUGACGAAGGCGCUAAUCUCGAGAGACUCAUUGACAGCACAAGAAGCAACACUCCGGAUCACGACAAUCUCCUUCUUCAACCCAGUUCCGAACUCCUCCAAAUCUUUACGAUAGGAGUCUAUCAUGACUCAGACUUCUCUGCAAGGGUCUUCACUAGGCUGCCGAGACUCCAAGUGAUGCUGGAGUUGGGAGUUGCUUUCGAAUCGGAGGUUUGGGGAUCAUCAGAAAAGAUGGACUUGAAGAAAUCCAUAGAAACUGGAGAAAGUAACCCCAAAGGAUCUUCUUUCUGCUGAAAUUAGGAACAUAACAAAGAUCUAGAAGUGGGAGGAAGAAAGAGAGAGGGGUUGG